AUGUCGGCCAAGCACUUUUGGAGAAUGACGAAAGGCAAGAUCAUGGAGGGCGUCUUUGCCAUCAACAAGCCGUCCAUGAUCUCCUCAGCACAAGUGUUGCGCGAUUGCCAGCGCGCUUUCAACCCUUCCGAGCUCUUUGCUCCCUGGAUCGCGGCUGAGACCUCUCUGCGCAAUCGAGAAUCGCACAAUCAGCGCAAAAGACGCAGGGAUAAAAAUUUGCAGGUCAAGAUUGGGCACGGUGGGACAUUGGACCCCCUGGCGACUGGAGUCUUGAUUACAGGCGUUGGGAAGGGAACGAAAGACUUGCAGCAGUUUCUACUGUGCACCAAGACAUACGAAGCGGUGGUACUAUUUGGUGCGAGCACGGAUACCUAUGAUCGCCUUGGGAAGGUCCUUAGCACAGCGCCGUACGAACAUAUCACAAAAGAAUCAGUGGAGAAAGCUUUGGAGCAGUUUAGAGGGAAGUUCAUGCAGUUGCCGCCGUUAUUCUCUGCCUUGAAGAUGAAUGGAAAGCCAUUGUACGAGUACGCGCGAGAGGGGAAACCAAUCCCCAGGGAGGUCCAGAGGAGAGAGGUAGAGGUCUUGAACUUGGAACUGGUAGAGUGGAUGGAAGGAGGAACACAUUCCCACAAGGCACCAUUGGAACGCGCAGGACAUGCGGAGAUUAAUGUCGCACGGCAGCUAUGGAAGCAGGAGGGUGCGCUGCCAGCUAGCACAGAUGCGGAUGAGGAUAGCAAGGAAGGUCCCGAAAGCAAGAAGCGGAGGCUAAGUGACAGUCAAGACAAUCUGGUUACGGAUCGCCCGAGUCCAAAGCACAGGAAGUUGCUCUCGUCAGAAGAACCCAUCAUGUCUGGGGGGCUCGCGGCUUCAGAUUCAGCUUCUACACCUCAAGCAGCAGGGGAAGAAGCUUCGGCACCUGUUGUAAAGGGCCCUCCAGCAGCGAAACUUCGAAUGACAGUGACAUCUGGGUUCUACGUCCGCUCUCUCUGCCACGACCUUGGUGCAGCGGUUGGAUCCGCCGCUCUGAUGGCCGAGUUGGAGAGGACACGGCAAGGGGAGUUUGAACUUGGGAAAAAUGUCCUUGAAUAUAGCGAUCUUGAGCAAGGGGAGAAGGUGUGGGGGCCGAAGGUCGAGGCCAUGCUUGAUUACUGG